AUGGCAGCUUUGCCCUUUGCCCUUGUAUGUCUUCUAGCUGUUCUCGUUACAACAAGCCUGGCUAUCCUAGAGAAGCAGAUUGUUACAUUCCAUCCCCAGGCAGGAGCAGUUCCAAUUCAUAAUGCCGCAAUACUAUAUGAUACUCAAGACCCUGUUGCCGUCGAAAUCGCUACAGAAAGCCUGGCAAAUGAUAUCGAGAAUAUACGGGAAGAAGACCUCGUCGCUCUGCUGUACCACUACUGGGCCGACGUACCCCCCACCUGGCAUUCCACCAUCUACGCUCUCCCGAAGACAACGAAGCAAGGCCCACCGAGUGUGAAGUACCGCGGGCUCUUCAUAAAUGACGAAGCACCCGCCCUGACAAGUUGGUGGUCCAAGAAACACAGUGUGGACCACUACCCACUCGACGCCGAAUUCUACCGACACGUCUUUGAUCUGAUUCUGCGACUGAAGGGAAACUUCAUCUGGCCGGCCAUGUGGGCGUCCCAUCAUGAGCCCAUGCAGCGCGCGACCAAUGAGUGGAAUUCGUCAGAAACGGGUGAGUGGGAUUGGACGGUCAACAAAGCAAAGGUGACAAGGUUUAUGCGAGAAGGCGUGAGACGUGCAGCGAAGAACGAGACUUACUUUACGCUGGGGAUGCGUGGUGCUAGUGACAGUGCCAUCAGUGCACCCGAUCCCAUUGCGCUGCUAGAAGAAGUUUUUGAAACGCAGAGGGACAUGCUGACGGAGGAAUACGGCAAUCUCUCAGAUGUGAAACAGGUCUGGACCACAUACAAGGAGGUCGCAACCUACUACGCCGGGGGAUUGAACCCGCCGGAGGACGUAACCCUCGUGUUCACGGACGAUAACUGGGGAAAUAUUAUGCGGUUACCGAAUGCCGAAGAGGCCGCGAGACCUGGUGGGAUUGGGCUCUAUUACCAUUUUGAGUACGUUGGCCGUCCUAAGAGUUACAAGUGGCAGAACACAAAUAACCUCGCCAAAGUCUACAAAGAGCUAUCUCAGGCUCUAGAGCGAGGUGCAGACCGGAUUUGGGUCUUUAACGUCGCCGACAUCAAGCCAAUGGAGUUGCCGUUUGCCUUCGCGAUGGAUCUGGUGUGGAGCUCAUCGCGGUUUGAUUUCUCCACUAUUCCGAGAUAUCUCAAGGCAUUCGUCUUGCGGGAGCUCGGAUGCAAGGACAACGAAGCAGAGGAGAUUGCGUCUAUCCUCCUCCAGCACAGUGAGCUUGUUGGGCGCCGCAAGUACGAAGGGGUUACAUCCGCGACCUAUUCCUUCUACAACUAUCAUGAGGUCGAACGAGUCCUGCAAGAAUGGGAAGACCUUGGAGACAGAGUGACAAAGGCCCUCGCCUUCAUGUUCUCAGCCAGCCAAGCUGCAUUCACACACCUUGUCCAGUAUCCCGUCCAGGCCGGCCUGAUUUACCACCGCAUCGUCCUUGGACAGACGAUUAACCAGCAAUUCGCGAUUCAACGCCGAACACAGCAAAUACAGUUGCAGAGCAAAUCCUCGCAGCGGCUGAAGCAGACUCAGAUCUCAGAGAAGAGUUUCAUGCCAUGCUUGGCGGCAAAUGGGAUGGGAUUAUGGACCAACCAAAGCUGGAGCAAUGGCAAUGGGAGACGUGGCUGUACCCUUCUCGGGACAUUAUUCAGAACCUGUCAUUUGUGCAGCCGUGACAGGACUUCGUUUAUAACCUGGGUAACCUGGGAAUAUACGCUGAGGGAUCGCGAAGUGCCGCUAUGCAGUCCGCCUAUAUUGCCGACGAUGGACCCAUACGGCCCGGCCUUUUACACGGUAGACCUUUUCCACCGGGGCAAUCACCGGAAACCCAUCUCAUUCAAUUUGAGCAUACCCUACGAGUGGAUCAAUAUCAGCCUUGUCUCGGGCAAGCUCUCGCAAGAAAACCCAGAGGAACGCCUGACAGUGUCAAUCGACUGGCCUAAAGUCCCUGAGAGCUUCAACGAGACCGUACUCAUAGACAUUCACUAUGACACCCAGCCGCAUUUUGAAAACCUCCACAUCCCUAUUCUGAAUAGACCUGCCCUUCCGGCUGGUUUCCAUGGCUUCCCAGCAACAAACGGCUACGUAUCGAUCGAGGCGGCGCACUCCCAGCGUGCCAUAAGUGGCUCAGAUACGGUCUCGUUCAAAGCCCUGCCCCAUCUGGGAACUCGCACCAAGUCCGGCGCCGUCGCGUUGAGGCCAUACGAAGCCGCACGGGUGUCAACCAGCACAGCACAGAAUACAAGAGUUGAAUACGACGUCUUUCUCCUCGGGAGCAGCAAGAACCUAACUGCCACGCUUUUUCUCACUCAAAAUUCUGAUACAGAUCCUUCCCUGCCAAUGCAGUACUCCCUGGCCAUAGACUCAAGUGAAGCGAGUUUUACCCGCUUGCUCCAGGAACCCGAGACUCCCGGUGACUUGCCGGAUAUUUGGACGGAUCAAGUGGAAGAUGAAGUUUGGACUGUGCAGGUGCAAUUGGGCCCUGUUUCUGCUGGUAAACAUACACUUGCCUGGCGGGUUAAUUCGCCGGAGGUUUAUCUUGAAAAAGUUGUCUUGGAUACGGCGGGGGCUGUUCGAAAGAGUUACCUUGGGCCUCCUGAACGGUGA